ACGAACAACAAACUUGCGGAUUCACCUCUUUCAGUCUUGGUUUACAAUUACGAACAAAAGGUUGUCGCUAUGGGUAAAAGGAAAAUGGAGGAUUGGGAGGACUCCUCGGAUUCCGACUCGAGCGAAGACGAAAUCGAAUUUCAUCAUCUAACCGAUGACGACGAACGCUUUUCUUCUGGGUACCAACAAAAGCGACGACGGACCAGGGGGAACACAAAAGAGAGUGCUGCAUUAGGUGUUUUCGGGAGCGAUAGUGAGGGUAAAGGUACGCGAGGUAGUAAGGUAUGGGGCAGUAAAGGGCUGAGGAAUAAAGGAAUGGGGUUUGUCAAGCCUAGCCAAGCUGCUGACGGAGAGGACGGGGAGGAUGGGGAGGAUGGCGAAGAUGGCGAGGAUGGUGAGGAUAACGAGGACGAAUACACCGGAGCUAUUAGGGUGAUGCGAAAGGUGGGAGGAGAAACUGGAGAUGAUGGUAGGGUGGCUGGUGGCCUGGGAUCAGGUUCGGAUGCCACUGCUAGAUUCGCCGGGCUUGGUAGUUGGGGCAGUAAAGGCGGUGAGGAAGAGUCAGAUACAAGGCCUCGCCUUGGUCUAGGAAGGGGGCCCUUAAGCAAGUUCGCUAGCGUGGGCUUGGGAGCAGGGUCUCAAAGCGGUUCCGGAACAUCCACUCCACAGUCAUUCGAUGCUCAUGUGGGAUUGGGAUUCAAAGCUUCGGCGGUAUCAAGAAUUGGUUCGACCGAAUCGCCGCAACCUGAAUCACCGGUGGCGCAGCAGUACUCAAUGCCGCUGGGACGGGGGUUUGUUUCGUCUUUCGCUGCAGCCCCUAUGGGAACGCCUUCGUUGGAUCCCGAACUUCCAGUAUCGCAAUCUGAGAACGUUGUCCCUCGACCCUCCUCCUUUACUCCUGGACAACCUUCACGGGGAAAGGGAAAGGGCCGUGCAAAUGACGCCUCGCAGCCGAAAGCCAACCCUGAAAGUUUCGCCGCGAGGAUGAUGGCAAAGAUGGGCCAUGUUGAGGGCCAGGGUCUUGGAAAGAAGGGAGAGGGUAUAUUGGCUCCUAUAGAAGUUAAGCUUCGGCCACAAGGCGCAGGGGUAGGGGUGAUUCGGGAGAAAACCGACCAAGCAAGAAAGGAGGCCAAGCGAGCUGCUGCAUUGAGAGGAGAGGUCAUUUCUGAUAGUGAAGAUGAAGAAAAGAAAAAGAAGGCAAAGAGAAAGGCAGGAAGUGGCUCAAUGGGUAGUACGCCCAGCAGAACUCCUCUUGGGACUAAAAAGGGGAAAACAAAGUUUAGAACUGCAGAGGAGAUAUCGGCUGCUGCAAAAGGGCUAGACGUUCCGUCGGUUCUAAAGAACAUAAUCGACUUUACUGGGAAGGAGAGAAAAUUGUUGACAUCUGCCUCUGGGAUCAUGUCCAAGCCUUCGGCUGAAGACGAAUCACAAAAGAUUGCUAGGAUGGCUCGAAAGGAUCUCGAGAGCUUUGCAGGGGAAUGGACGGGUCUGCAAGACCGGAAGACCUAUAUAAAUAAAGAGGAAGGAAGGUUGAAUUUAGAGAUGGAUGAAGAAAUCAAGGAGAUUCGCAGGCUAGAGGGUAUGGUGGAUAUGGUGAAGGGUCUUCGAAGCCUCGCUUUGAACAUCGCAAAUCCGAAGGCCUCUAUCGAAGCAAUCGUAACGCAGCUAGAGGUACUCCAGCUCGAGUAUCAGAGCGAGAUAGAAGACCACGACUUGGCUGGAGUUACAGUUGCGGCACUGCACCCACUUUUCAAACAGGAGCUUGCUAGCUGGUCCCCUCUUACAGAUCCGUUCCUUUUUUUUGAGAAUUUCUGCAGGCUUCGCCGUAUACUCCAUGUACGAUCCAAGGAAGACCUCGAAGCAGAGUAUACUAAAAAUGGUUUCAUUGAGCGAAGCAAGUCUGCAACCCAUUAUGAGAGUUUGAUGUUUUCCCUCUGGCUUCCGAAGGUGCGAUCAGCCAUUAACAAUGAUUGGGAUGUGCAUAAACCUACACCAGUGCUAGAGCUAUUGGAUGUUUGGACCUCUGUUCUUCCACCUUUUAUACACGCCAACAUUCUCGACCAACUGGUGUUACCCAAACUUCGUGCGGCAGUUGCCGAUUGGAACCCCCGCGUAAGAAAAGGGAAGAACGCUCGUCAGCCCCCGCAUCUAUGGGUCUUUCAGUGGUUGCCACAUUUGGGUCCUCAUAUGGAUGAUCUCCUCCGUGACGUCAGGAGGGGGUUCGGGAUCGUUCUGGAUACUUGGGAUGUCUCCAAGGGGACAGUCGAAGGGUUAGAAGCGUGGAAGGAAGUCUUCGGUCCUGGCCAACUCGAGGAUUUACUGGUCCGCCACCUACUCCCUCGACUUGCCCUAAGAUUGAGAGACGAUUUCGACGUCAACCCCGGAGACCAGAUCCUUAAGCCCUUAGAGGACGUUUUCAAGUGGAUUCCCUUCUUCAGAAUCUCCACUUUCACCCAACUCGUCGAAACCGAAUUCUUCCCUAAGUGGCUGAACAUACUAUACCAAUGGCUGACUGCCAAACCCAUUUUCACAGAAGUUCAGGAGUGGUAUAUGUUCUGGCAAGAUGUCUUCCCGAAGGAACUAAGAAGCGCUCCCGCGAUCAGAAGCGGCUUCAAGAAGGGUCUCGAUAUGAUGAACCGUGCUUUGGACUUGGGCCCAGAUGCCCCCACCAAGCUUAUGCCCCCUCCCAUAGGACCCGUACGUCCGACCAAGCCCGAGGCUGCCGCACCAAGGCCUACACCUACCAAAGCAAGCAGCACCCCCGCACCGGCGGGAGCGACCUUCAGGGAAGCAGUGGAGGACUGGUGCACCGAUCACAAUCUGUUAUUUAUACCGUUACGCAAAGCCCAUGAAGCAAGCGGCAGACCUUUGUUCAAAAUUACAGCAAGCGCCACCGGGAGCGGGGGCUCAGAAGUAUAUCUUCAAGGGGACGUGGUGUGGGCGCAGGGAAAAAAGAAUAGGGGGGUAUGGGAGCCGUUGGGACUAGAGGAAUUGUUGGAGAGGACAGAAGGCAGCACGAGGUAAAUUUUGGUGUGUGUAUGAUACUUUAGCGUUACUCGUAGACUAUUAGCAGUGUACAAUAGUUGUAUAGAUGUGGGGGAUUCUACAAUACCAAUUGCAUAAUUGCGC